AUGGGAAGUUUGAAAGCCGAGACCUGGGAGCUGGCGGCCGCCAAGAAGCGCGAAUCUCUUGUCGCGUCGUUCCCCCCCGAGUGGCUCGUCCCAGAGGACCUGCUGCCCCCGGCGUCCCAGGCGGACGUCACGGCCUGGCCCAAGACGUCCGGCUGGUUCACCGAGGCGGAGCUCGCCAUCACCGAGAGCACGGCUGCCGAGCUCAUCCAGAAGCUCGCCUCCGGGCAGCUGAAAUCUCUCGAGGUCACAAAGGCCUUCUGCAAGCGGGCGGUUGCCGCUCAUCAACUGACAAAAUGCCUCUCUGAAACCUGCUUUGACCGCGCGCUCGCGACGGCGCGGGCCAGGGACGAGCACUUCGAGCGCACCGGGCAGCCCGUCGGGCCCUUCCACGGCUUGCCCAUCUCUCUCAAGGACAACUUCAACCUCAAGGGCCUCGACGCCACGGUGGGCUUCGCGUCGCACAUCGGCAACCCCGCCGAGUACGACGCCUCGCUCGCCGCCCUGCUGGAGGAUGCCGGCGCCGUCUUUUACGUCAAGACCAACGUGCCCACGGCCAUGAUGAUUGCCGAGUCUGUCAACAACGUCUUCGGCCGGACGGUGAACCCCCGGAACAGGAAUCUCACCAGCGGCGGAAGCUCCGGUGGCGAGUCCGCGCUCAUCACGAUGAAGGGAAGCCCUCUCGGUAUCGGAACCGACAUUGGCGGCUCUCUUCGCAUUCCCGCCGCUUGCACGGGCAUCUUCACCCUGCGGCCCUCUUUCGGCCGCUUCCCGACGCUGGGCUGCCGCUCCGGCAUGGGCGGUCAGGAGGCCGUGCAGUCCGUCAACGGGCCCAUGACACGCACGAUCACGGACCUGGAGCUGUACAGCAAGGCCGUUGUCGGCCGCCAGACCUGGCUCCACGACCCUCGCUGCGUUCCGAUCCCCUGGCGCGACGUCCGGCUGCCCGAGAAGCUCAAGAUCGCCGUCAUGUGGGACGACGGCAUGGUCCGGCCCACGCCACCCGUCGCUCGCGCGCUCAAGCAGACCGUCGAGAAGCUGAGGGCGGCCGGCCACGAGGUCGUCGACUGGGACCCCCGGGACCAGGAGCAGGGGCUGAGCCUGCUGGCUCGCAUGUUCGUCGCGGACGGCGGCAUCUCCAUCAAGAAGGAGCUGGAGCAGACCGGGGAGCCCUUCAGGCCCGAGAUGAAGGCGUACGAGGAGGCCGAGGAGCUCGGGACUUACGACAUGUGGCAGAUGCACAUUGAGCGCACGGGGUUCCAGAAGCGGUAUCUGGAUCGCUGGAACGCCGCCGGCAUCGACGCGAUCCUCUGCCCGACGACGCCGUUUGCGAGUGUCAAGAAUGGCCAGUUCAGGCACGUUGGAUACACCGGUGUCUUCAACGUGCUGGACUACUCCUGCGUGUCGUUCCCCACGGGGUUAUCGGCGGACGAAAGUGCCGACGUAUUCUCCGACUCUACCGGAGAGCCUCUAGGACCCGACUGCGCGGCCAUCCGUGCUGAAUACGGUCCAUCCGCCGUGCACGGGAUGCCUAUCAGCCUGCAGCUUGUCGCACGCCGACUAGAGGAAGAAAAGGCAAUAGCGAUGGUUGGACAUAUUCUGGAUAUCAUCUAG